AUGUGUGAGCGUUUUUCUGCCCCCGGUGGGGGUAAUGCUGGGCCUCCUGCCAGUCUAACUGCCCCAGGUUUACCCCCACAGGAUGAAGAGGACGCCGGCGGCGUGUUCUUGGACCUGUCCGAGCUGCCGGUGGAGGAGAGCGAGCGGAGACCGACCUGCUCUCGCUGCUGCCGUCCAGAGAAGGUUUGCUUGUGUCCGUUUCUGCCUGUCGACCCACUGGAGGUGUCUACCUGCCUGUACAUCGUCCAGCACCCUGCAGAGGAGAGUCGUGUGCUCCGGACCGUUCCUCUCCUGGCAGCCUGCUUACCCAAAGGAAAAUGUAACGUUCUAGUUGGAAGAAGAUUUAAUGAAGAAAGGCACCCUGAGCUGGCGGCAGUGUGCAGAGACAAACACACACUCAUUCUCUAUCCUGGAUCUGAUGCUGAAAACCUGGAGGACUUGGGCAGAGACUUCACUACCUCUCCACACAACGUCAUCAUUAUAGAUGGCACGUGGAGCCAAGCCAAGGACAUGUUCCUCAGAAACGCCCUCUUCCGUUUACCCAAACAGGUGCAGUUAAAUAGCGCCCCUUCCAGUCAGUAUGUGAUACGUACUCAGCCCACCAACAUGUGCCUGUCCACUCUAGAAUGUGCUGCUGUUACUUUGUCCAUUAUGGAGAGAAACCAAGCCAUACAAGAGGUUCUGCUGAAGCCCCUGCGAGCACUGUGUUCUUUCCAGCUGCAGCAUGGCGCUCAGGUGCACCACAGCAAAGAACACCUGCUGAAGAACGGCCUGUACGAUAAGCCCAUGCCCAAAAACAAGCGCAAAAUCAAGAGGAUGCAGAAACUCAUCACCAACCAGAACAUCUGAGACGAACGAGAAGAUCCUCUUCACUUUAUAUGGAGUUGAGGGCCUUGUCUGUUGCUGGACUUAAAAGGUUUUGCGUCUUUUUAACGACUUGAUGUUUCAUUUGUCCACCUGUCAUUAAUGUUUUUUUUCUGUGAGUGGAAUACAAAAGCCAUCGUGGAUGGAAAAGUAA